AGUGUGCAAGGACACGAUUUCCAUCGAGUUUGAAGCUCUGAGGACCUUCUGAUUGCAAACGGCAUGACAUGACAGACAGGUCGCUCCCUGGCAUCAGCCUGCAUGUAGUUGCAGGAUGAACUUGAUCUCUUGUCUCCUGUAGUCUUGCUGCUGCUCAAAGUUGAUGCCCGCAAUGGCUUCCUGCUCUGGAAGCCUUGGCGGGCAGCGACGCUGGGUCCAAGUGGCCUUGGUAUGCCUUCUGUACCUGGAGGAAGCAGCCAUGGUACGGUUCAAGAUCCCCAACUCUGUCUGCGGCAGGCCGCCCAUCACAUACCUGUGCGAUGCUGUUCCGAUCGGUUUCACUGGAGCUCCUCCGCCGGCCUCGCAGGAGUGGUCUGCUGUCACCUACGACAACGGGACCAAGAGGAUUCCGUCGCAACAUUGCGUACCCGAUCAGUUCUGCAAGUACGGGAUGGUCACAUACGCGUUCGGUCGCAACAAUUAUGCUCAGCUAGGAGUGGGAGAUUAUGUCGACAGGAAGGAGCCAACGCCCUUGUCAACCGUGUACGCGCGAAUAAGCAAACUUCGAUGUGGAGCUCAGUCCUGCAUCUUGCAGUGGGAGGGUCCAAACACCCUCUACUCAUGGGGGAGAGACGAUCACGGUCAGCUGGGUCAGGUGACGCGCGUCAAAGGUGCUAGCGACGCGUGUGCUUGACGGGCUUGCUGACGCAGGGAGCGCAUUACAACGACACUCUUCCGAACGAGGUUCAGCCGAUCUCAAUCGUUGAGUUGGCGAU